CUCCGCAAUCUACCUCUCUAUAUCUCAUCACGGAUUUGGCGGCUCUUUCGUCGCGGCCGUUAUCAGGCAGGGUUUCUAUUUUUUAUUCUCUUAUUUUUCGAUAGUAUGCGAGGCAGGGUUAGCGGAUAUAGAGAUACGGUCAGGGUUUUCAAAAAUCAUCAAAAUCGUUGAAUUGGUGUUUGCUUGUCUUGACGAGGAAAGCCAGACGCCGAUCAUCUGCUUUGAUGUAGUAGGAGGGAUGGAGUUUAUUAAAAAACAGAUAUUUCCACGCGUUAUUCGUCCUCUAAAGUCGAGAUCUAAGUCCAUGUCUUCUUCACGUGGAAAUCGUCUUCUCUCUUUUUCUUUUUCUUUUUCAUUUUCUUCUUCUGUUUUCGUCUUUGAUCCUUUGGGAUUUCAUUGUGCAUCGCUUGAAAUACGGAAGAUUAAGCCGAAUCGGAGGUUAUGUCCUCGUGGAAUCAGAUCUAAAGAGAUAGAUUUGAGUAUCUGAAGCAGAACAGGAACAAGAAGGCUAGAUCUGGUCUAAUUUACAGAGAAAUUGGAAGAUCAGUUGUCGCUCAUCGCUCACCACUUGGGUCGUUCUAGAAAACAGAGAUAGAUCCAUAGAUUACCCAAACAACAAGGGGAGGGAAUUAUAGAAAUUUAGCUUGAUCGGCACAACUGAGUUGCAUUGGAAAGUGAUCUGUGGAAGGAUUAUUUGUAGAAGAAUCAAAGAUUGAAAUGGAUCGUAUCUGAAUCAUCCUAUUUUCAAGAUAGGAAAGAUAUUGAUUGAAGUAAGUAAUCAGGAGAUCAGGAGAUCAGGAUAAGGAUCAGUUAAUUGCUGAUAUGAGCGAACACGAGCCAACCAAACUCGAUGAUGAGCAGAUUGCAGAGCUACGGGAGAUAUUCCGCUCAUUUGACCGGAACAAUGCCGGUAGCUUAACACAAUUGGAACUUGGAUCGCUCCUGAGAUCGCUUGGUCUCAAACCAAGUCCGGAGCAGCUCGAAGCACUGAUACAGAAGGCCGACAAGAACAGCAACGGCCUUGUGGAAUUCUCCGAAUUUGUAGCCCUUGUAGCACCUGAUCUCCUCCCGGCGAAACCACCCUACAAUGAAGAGCAGCUUCGUCAACUAUUCCAGGUGUUCGAUCGCGACGGAAAUGGUUACAUCACAGCAGCAGAAUUGGCCCACUCCAUGGCUAAACUUGGGCAUGCUCUGACUGCAAAGGAACUGACAGGGAUGAUCAAUGAGGCAGACACAGAUGGUGAUGGUCGGAUCAGUUUUGAAGAGUUCUCUCAGGCUAUCACCUCAGCUGCAUUUGAUAACUCAUGGUCUUGAUUGAUUGAUGAAUGAACGAAUGAAGAUCUUUGGGUUUGUCUGGUCACACUGGUGUGUAUUUUCAUCUGUUGCUCCUUUUAUCCUUUUUUACACCAAUGUUUCUCCCUUUCUCUAUAUUGGUUCAUUUUAGUUUAAACCUCUGAUGGGUAUUCUUUAAUUGCCUGUGAUCGGCCAAGGUCAGUAGGUUGUUUUCAGAGAAGGGAUUACAAGUGGUUGAACGGAUGUACUCCAUGAUCGGUGUUUGGGGAUGUCAUUUUUUGACGUAUUCUGUAUAUACAAAGAGGAAGUUCUUGGGGUGGAUGUGAAUCUGAACGUUGAACAUUUUAUAAUUCAAACUGGUUCAUUUGCUUUUC